AUGGUCGUCCUCUCCGACUCUGAGCUCCUCUUCCCGCGCACCGUCAUUCCUGCCGCUAUUCAGGCGCGUGUGGGGUCCGACAUUGAGAUCCGCCCUCUUGCCAAGUCAGACCACACUCGUGGCCAUGUUGAGCUAUUAUCGGUCCUCACAGAGGCCCCAUCGGUCAGCGCCGAGCGCUAUGUGGAGCGUUUCCAGUCCAUGAAGGCGUGCAAGGACACGUACUACACUGUUGCCUUCAUCCACAAGCCCACUGACAAGCUUGUCGCUGUCGGCACCGUCUUCCUUGAGCGCAAGUUCCUCCGGGGGACCGGCGUCGUCGGCCACAUUGAGGACAUUGCCGUGUCCAAGUCGAUGCAGGGCCGCAAGCUCGGCCUCCACCUCAUCAACUGCCUCGAGGAGAUUGCCCGCUCGACUGGUUGCUACAAGGUCAUCCUGGACUGCAGCAAGGACAACAUUCCGUUCUACGAGAAGUGUGGCUUCCAGCUCAAGGAGUAUGAGAUGGCCAUGUACCUCAACAGCGGCAGUUCGGUCGUUCCCAACGCCCGCAUGUAG